UCUCACGAUUCCGUUCUCGCUCUGCCCUCCGUCUCGUCAUUCCGUUCGUACAACGCGUCCAAGUGUUACGCUUCGUUUAUCCUCCAUAUACAUAUUAUACUCGUGCGUUUUGACGCGUCGCGUGUGUCAAAAAGUAAAAAGACCUUCGACGUGCUGAUCUACGUUAUCGGACACGCGAAACAAUUAGCUUCCGGAUGCGGUGAAUCUGAACCGGCGUGGCGCGGCGAACGGAUACCGGAGGGGAACGGUAGCAGCUUUCCGGUUUUCAAACGUACGGUUUCUUCGUUUUUCCUGGUGAAAUUGAGAGAAAAAGAGAGACGCGGAGAGUGGUGAAAGUUGUAGGAAGAAGAGGAUACAGAGGCUUGUGCGGCCGUGAGCUAAUCGACGGGGAAAGAAGCAGAAAAUUCUAACGACGGAGAGGAUGGAGUGGUAGGCCUCGAAGACGGCCCGCCCCUUUCCUUGCUUCCCGAAGGAGCAUAAGCCGACCACCGUUUCACUGCUAAAGAGGGAGAAAGAAGGAGAAGCAAAAGGAGAAGAAGGUGAAGGUUGUGGUGGAGGAGGAGAAAGAGGAAGUGAAGAAAGUGUAAGCCGGAUCGUGGUCGCCGAGGAGCUACGUCCUCGGGAGGGAAUCAAACCUGGCCUGACGAGCGUGCCCGUGCCCGUCGUCUAAACGGCCCCGUCGCUUCCGCAGCGGCUGUGUGUCACUACUGUUCCACUGCCUCACACACUGCGGCCUCAUGAUUGGUUCAUUCUGGAACCUCUGUCGUGCGUGCCCUUCAAUGCCGAUUGACAAGCAGCUCCAUUCAGAGUAUAGGAGCACGUACACAUGGCACGAAUACACUGGACCACACCAGGAGCACACGGUCGUCCGUCGAGCACCUCAACCACCGCCGACGUCGACGAAGCAACCGAGCGCGAAGCUACAAUCGGCCAAGUCAACCGAGGAUGAAAACAACGAAGGGCCCACGUUGGAACCACCGUUGCCCAGACGAAAAAAAUGCCCGGAACUCGCGUACAAGACGCACGAGUUCAUCACGGCGGCCGACGGUGGUGGCGUCGAUGCCGUCGAUUCGAACGUUGUAGCUGACAAAGUUCGGGAAGUUACAGCGCAAUCGGGUCUACCACCUAGCCAGCUGAGCAAAGCGAUAUCGCGAAUCAGCACGGAGUAUCGGUUGCAGUUUGCUUGGCCUAGACGACCUCAACUGAUGAACGGCGAGACAGUAGCGCCGGGAGUUCCAGCUGCCGGAAUUCCAGCAGGUACGACAGGACCACCUAGAAAGUCUCUCAGCAUGGGAGCUCUUAAGCAGGGUAUCGCCCCUACAGGACCUGCCCCGGUGCACAAGAAACGACCCGGUGACGUCGAUCACAAACGCGAUGGGAUGCAGGCAUCGGAGCUGGAACCCCUGGUCGGAGGAACUGGAACGGACACUAUCGACGGUGCGGUGCCCGAGGGCGACGAGCGCGAAGAAGACGUGUCCGACUUGAAAAUAACUUUCAGGGGUAAAAAGUCAGGUAGAACCGUAAGGAUAUUGGAUGAUAAAGUGCUGGGCAAACAACAGGAGAAACCGUUUCCUACCUCUGAAGUGAUCGAGCUUAGGCGACUCGCUGACGAGUACAAGCAUCGCGACUGGGGUUGCGGUCUGGCAGCCGAGGACGAAGCUUCGCUGUGGAAACGGGUCUCCAGUAACCAUGCUCUCAACGCGCUAUCUCUUGCCAGGUCAGUGACGAAGGAAGAGAAAGAGAAGGAGAACACGAGGAAGGUUGCCCCGAUUACCACCACGAUGACCAUGCCUCCAGCUGGUCAGCCAUCUUGCGAACAAACUAGACCUAUUCAUGGAAUACUGCAGGACGAUUCAAAAACCGAUAUCGAAAGAGUAUCGAGUCUUGCUCGCGCAAGAAAAGAUUUCUUGAUUCGCCACCAUCUGGAUCGUACUACUGGCGUGGGCGAUGGUGCACUGCUUCCCUCUCCGACGAGAGAGAAGCUGGAGCCUGUCAUACCGCGACGUCGAGAGGACGCGAAGGAGCAUCGUGAGGAAAUUCAGCCUAAAACAAAAUCUAGUCCGAAGAAUAGUCCAAGAACUGGUCGUUCUCAGAGUCUUGGACCAACUGUUACGGAACGUCGAUCACCGAAACGUCAACCACCGCGUGCACCAUCCGUCACUAAAGAAGCUAAAGAGAAAGAGAAAGAAAGAGAGCCAAAGGAUAAGGAGAAAGAGCAUAGAGAGAAGAGCGGAGAGCCUGAAAGGCAUCCACGACCGAGAGUGGUAGCGGGUGUUUCAGUCACGGGCCCUGGCCACGUGCGUUGGAGCAUACGGGAACCGUCGGCGGUUUCCUCGACCGGUUCGUCGAGCAGCGUGCCGCCAUUACCGCCACCACCCUCGGGCCCAGGGCCUACUCCGUUCUACAGGAGGUCCCCACAGGUCCACCGGAAAUCCUUCCUCGCAACCACCGCCCCUCCCCAUCGCCCUCUUCAUCAUGCCAAACCUUCAACCACCUCCACAAGUACCAUCACAACCACCACAAGUACAACCGUAAAACCCUCGGUAAAGCAUUCGGUUCAUACGAGUGUCCAUCACCCACCUGCGUCGAGCGCUGCCGCUGCGGCCAGGCCGGACCGUGUUAAAGAUAUAAGCCGGUGCCAACAAGGUCCGCACGAAGCUCAGGCAAAAACAAACCGUGACCAGCCAGCUGCGGCUGCGGCCGCAGCCGCCGCCGCCGAUCGAUCCAAAUCAUCCUCCGAUAGUCGAUACGCGUCAAAUCAAGCCAAUCAAGCUAACGCCGUCCAACCUAUGACGGCAGAGCCGCAAAUAAACGGGGACGUGACCGGAGGAGAGUCGAGCGUCGCGUCAACUCCGCCGUCACAGACCCAGCCACCAGCAAUGUCUGCCACCGCCGUAAGCCCGUGGAUCGACGACGAACCGGUGGUGAAAAGUCCACCGGAACCGACCAGAGUCAAAUCACCGGAACAGAUGAUCAUGCGGUCGCCGGAACCGGUCAACUGGACGGUACCUCUGGAUACAGGCAAGACGUUUACUGUCACGCAAAACGUCAGGGAAGAACCCCUAACGCGUCCGCAUAGCGAAGCUAAGACAUGGGCACCCUCCUCGGCACCUUCGGCGCCCCAGUCAGCACCACCUGAACUGGCGGCUCAGCACAAGUCGCAACAUUCCCAACAUUCCGGCUACAAAUCACCGGAAAGCGAAAGCGUUUCCCUUGGUAGCUUCACUGGUCUAAAUGGACACAAGGAUAUGGACUCGGAAAGAGACAGCCCGUUGCCCACGAACGUACAGAGUGCCAGCACACCUGUGCAGGCUGAAAAGGAAGCAGGAAGUGUCGAGGAGGAAUCGAAAGACCAACAGAGAUCGGAACCAUCUAUAAAACCAGUAGCAGGAACGAAUUUAAGAUGCCUAGAGGAUCCAGGGUUCGAGUACGACAGGAAGAAGGAUGUUGGUGCGCAGCCUACGACUACGGCAACCAUGACUACACCGUCAUCGUCGACUCCUCAACCAGGUUACCGUAUCCUAGAGGCCGAAUCGCCUCAAGCUGCUGGCACAACUGGCGGUUAUCACGUGCUAGAGGCACCGACAGUGGUUCCAGGUUCGGCCCAACGUUCCGCGGCAAGCGAAGUAUUAGAAAAGGCACGAAAUCGCUUCGAUAAGUUUUGGGGAAAGGGUAGCGGUUCAGAGAAUUAGAUCGUUGCCGUACAGAAGAAGCAGUGACGUCCUCGAAACCGAAGGAGCAACCAGUAACAUAGAAGAAGAAGAAGAAGAAGAAGAAGAAGAAGAAGAAGAAGAAGAAGAGAGAACGAGAGGAAGAAAAGUUUUUUUGACAAGGUUCCUGUGAAUGCUCCUUCCGUGGCUCAUCUGCACGUCUUACCUAUCACGUGUUGAACGUUCUUCGUUGAUACCAGAUCAGAACUGAAUAGAGAGAUCUAGAAACCCUGUACGAUCGAUGUGUUGGCCGGUAAGAAGAACUAGCAUUUGCAUGAAUGUCCUCUAUGAAGUACCACAUUAAUUUGGCCGUUAUCGAUGUGUUACUUUCGAUCAACCGAGGCGAGCCGAGACGAGACGAGACGAGACGAGGAGCUUUUUAGUUCAGCUUAACGAAAAUCAUCGACGAGAGCGAAGAAUCGGGAAACACUUGAUCCGUAAGACGUACGAGAAUAACGAAGACGGUGCGUGCAGGCAACGCGCCUCGGUCUCGUUGAAACUCUCGAGGGAUAGAUGUUCGAAGGAUGUAAUUUACCAUUGAUGAAACUCGACACACAAAUACACACAGAUCAUCAUACGCUCCUACGAUAAAAAUGUGAUCUUGACUAAAGAAAGAUGUUAGAAAGAAAUCAUACAGACACGAAACACAGAUACAAAAAGACACAAACAGAGGACACUAAAUGCCACCGCGAUACAUAGAAAGAACACGCACCUAGACGAACAUCACGCGAGUCAGUAUGUUUCUAGGAUUAUUCAAGCGAUCUCGUGGGGAUCCGUCGUAGUUAAGCCCAAAAUUCUUUUUCCAUUUAAAAAAAAAAAA